AUGCAUCAGUGUCCGUGUGUGCUCGAGUCCGGAGUGGAGCACAGGUUGUCUGCGCGAGAAUGCAAAAGAAACCGACAGUUACCGACAACUCACUCACUCGUCACUGGGCAGCUCGUCUUUUUGGCCGAUGUAGACGAGGAUUGCAGCCGUCGACAUCUCGUCCUGUUUUGGGGUGGGGUGGGGGGCAGUGAAGAGAGAAAAAAAAACCAAUUAUUGCCAACCGCCAGUCGGCGUCGUCAGGCGACAAAACGUGGCAAGCAAAAAGAGCUGUCGGCUUGCCGACGCUCGUCAAACAUGCACCGACGUCGGAAGCGACCAAAGUCAACCGGACGCAACACAGCCACUUCCGAGCUUGGUCGUCACUCGGUCACUCGCGUCAAGGCACAGUUUCCGCGCCACCCGAGGGCAGCGCAGGUACAGCAAACCGUCGAGAAACCGACUCUUCUGCUUGCGUUUGCAGCAGAAGAGAGCAGAAAAAGCGGUUUCCACCGUCUCAUGCAUGACAGUGGUGAGAUAAAGCGUUUGCACGACGUACAUCGGCGAACUCACAAAGAUGGAUUGUGGAAGGUCUCCGUCCUCGGUAACCACCCAAUAGCCGGACAGGAAGCCCUCACUGACCUGCAAAACAGUGGGAAAAUAAAGCUCUUAUUUGCAGGCAACGAAGAGUGA